AUGUCCUCGAAGCUCGACCUCUCGCUCGACGACCUGUGCCGCGUGGACAAGGGCGGGGGUGGCAAGGCGGCCAGCAAGGCCACCACCAACCGCGCCUCACGCCGCACCUCGCCGUACGGGGCGCCGGCGCGCCGCGUCACCACGGGCGGCGGUGGCGGCGGUGGCGGCGCGGGAGCGCACAGCUGCAGCGUCUACGUCGGCAACCUGGCGUACGAGGUGAGCUGGCAGGACCUCAAGGACCACUGCAAGCAGGCGGGCGACGUGCGGCACGCCGACGUGCUGCUUGAGAAUGGCACCGGCCGGUCAAAGGGGUGUGGCAUCGUCGUGUUCGGAACGCCUCGCGACGCGCAGAACGCGAUCGAGAUGCUACACGACACGGAGCUCAAGGGCCGCCCCAUUUUUGUGCGCGAGGACCGCGAGGCGGGCGCGCCGCAGUCCUCGUCGCGCGGCGGCGGCACGGCGCCGGGGUGCAGCGUCUACGUCGGCAACCUGGCGUACGAGGUGAGCUGGCAGGACCUCAAGGACCACUGCAAGCAGGUCGGCGACGUCGUCCGUGCCGACGUGCUUCUCGAGAAUGGCACAGGCCGGUCUAAGGGGUGCGGCAUCGUCGUCUUUGGGUCGCCGAAGGACGCGAAGACUGCCAUCGACACGCUCCACGACACCGACCUCAAGGGGCGCGCCAUCUUCGUGCGCGAGGACCGCGAGGCGGGCGCGGGCGGCGGCAGCGGAGGCGGCGGCGGCGGCAUGUUUUCGCGCGGCGGCGGCGGCGGCGGCGGCGGCGGCGGCGGCGGCGGCGGGACGGGUUGCCAGGUGUACGUGGGCAACCUGUCCUGGGACUGCAAGUGGCAGGACCUCAAGGACCACUUCAAGCAGGCGGGCGACGUGAUCCGCGCCGAGGUCAAGGACGGCGCGGACGGCCGCUCGCGCGGCUUUGGCACCGUCCUCUUCAGCUCCGCCAUGGACGCCGCGCGCGCCAUCCAAAAGUUCAACGAGUCCAACUUCAUGGGCCGACCCAUCCUCGUCCGGCCCGACACACACGCCUAGUUGCGGGAUAGGGACCAGCACGCCAUCCCGCAAGCCCGGGUGCGGCGCUCCCUAGCUAGCUUAGCUCGAAAUGGCUCCGACCAGCGACAUGUGCAAAACAGCGGCGAGGGAGUUGGUCCCGGGUGGCAGGCUGUGGGAAUUUUGGCCUACUGUGGUCGCUCGGCAGUGACCGUCUUCUGACUUCUCCCUAGCUACACGUACCUUAAAAGGU